AUGCCUUCCGACGGGAAUCACCCCUUGACACUUCAGUUUGGUCUGAUCAACCACGAAGGUCGCUACCUCACUGCUGAGAUGUUUGGCUUCAAGGUCAAUGCAUCAGCUCCAAGUAUGAAGAAGAAGCAGAUCUGGACUCUUGAGCAGGACACUCAGGACUCUCGUGUGGUGUACCUACGCAGCCACCUCAGACGCUACCUGGCCUCCGACAAGGACGGCAAGGUGACCUGCGAGACCGACGGCCGCCACUCAGACUGCCGCUUCCUCAUCGUGGCCCAGUCGGACGGUCGCUGGGCUCUUCAGUCCGAGCAGCACCUCCGCUUCUUUGGCGGCUCUAGGGACUACCUGUCCUGCUUCGCCCAGGGCGUCACCGAUGCCGAGCUGUGGUCAGUGCACCUGGCUCUGCACCCUCAGGCCAACCUGUUGUCGGUGGCCCGCAAGCGCUACGCCCAUCUCUCGGUGGAGGACGGCGAGAUCUCUGUGGAUAUGAACAUUCCCUGGGGGGUGGCCUCAAUCCUUACUCUCGUCUACCACAACGGGAAGUACUGCCUGAAGACCUGUGACAGUCGCUUUCUCAGCAAUGAUGGGAAGCUUGUGAAGCAAAGCGACAAGACCACAACAUACACGCUGGAGCUCAAGUGUGGAAAGUUAGCUUUCAAAGACUGUGAGGGGAAGUACCUGUCUCCCAUGGGCCCCGCUGGCACCUUGAGGUCCGGCCGCUGCUCGAAGCCGGGCAAAGAUGAACUGUUUGACCUGGAGGAGAGCCAGCCACAGGUGGUUCUUAUGGCAGCCAAUGGGAAAUACGUCUCCAUGAGGCAAGGAGUAAGCCUCGCCGCCAACCAGGAGGAUGAGACGGACAUGGAGACGUUUCAGUUGGAGAUGGACAAGGAGAGCAGGAAGUGUACUUUUCGCACCAUGCAAGGGAACUACUGGGCCCUGGUGGCCCACGGAGGCAUCCAGAGGACAGCCUCACAACUUUCAGCAAACACCAUGUUUGCAAUGGAGUGGCUUGGUCACAAAUUGGCAUUAAAAGCAAACAAUGGAAAAUACAUCUGCACCAAGAAGAAUGGACAAUUAUUGGCUGUCAGUGAUUCCAUAGGGGCGGACGAACAACUCAGUCUGAAACUGAUCAACCGGCCCAUGUUAAUUCUACGAGGGGAGAAUGGUUUCGUCUGCCACCACAAGAACUCCAACACUCUGGACGCCAGCAGAUCUGUUUACGACAUUUUCAGCCUGCAAUUCAGUAACGGCGCCUAUCAUAUUAAAGGUCAGUCAGGUGUGAACGGUCGCUUCUGGUACGUCAAUAGUGCCGGUCUGGUGUGCUCGGAUGGUGAAGCCCCCGAGGAUUUCAGCGUGGAGCUCCUAGAGCGCGGCCGCCUCGCCAUCCGGAGCACGAACGGCCGGUACCUGCGUGGGGACCAAGGAGGCACGCUUAAAGCAGACGGACUCAGCUUGAGCAGCUCGGCUUUGUGGGAGUAUUAA